UACGUUGUUCGAUUUUGUCUGUAGAGUGAGUGAGAGAGAAAGACAGAGAAGAAAGCGCAGUGAACACACACUGAAGAAGAAGAAGAAGAAGAAGAAGCAUCAAUCAAUCUUCAAUCUUCUUCCUUCCAAGAUGAGUACCAUGAAAUUUUGCCGCGAAUGCAACAACAUUCUGUACCCUAAAGAAGACAGAGACCAGAAGGUUCUCCUCUACGCUUGCCGCAAUUGUGAUCACCAGGAGGUUGCUGAUAGCUGCUGUGUGUAUAGGAAUGAGAUACAUCAUUCUGUUGGAGAGCGCACACAAGUGUUGCAGGAUGUAGCUGCAGAUCCAACUUUGCCUCGGACCAAGGCUGUUCGCUGCACUCAAUGUAAUCAUGGUGAAGCUGUGUUUUUCCAGGCAACGGCCAGAGGAGAAGAAGGAAUGACACUUUUUUUCGUUUGCUGCAACCCAAACUGUGGACAUCGAUGGAGAGACUGAAAUUCAUUCCUGCUCACUUCAGGGUUUAAGUGUAACAUGUUUUGUCGUCCACUAUUGGAUAGAAGAGAGAAAAAUUGUAGUUAUAUGAAAAACAUGGUUGAUGCGGGAACAAUAUUGGUGAAGUACUUGUGCUACUUGUUUAACUGCAGUUCCUGAUCAAAGUUAAUUAUGGACAAAUCCUUGUUGGUCAGUGCUGAAAUUUUUUAUGGAUGGCCCCUUAUACUGC